CUGAAAGCUAUAGACAUUUGGCAAAUAACCUUCGUUUAUAGUAAUAACUCCAUUAUAAUCUUUUGAUAAAAAUUAUCGCAGGUAAACCGAAAACACUCCACCUUAUCAAUUUAAUGUGUGCCGUUACCAGUUUUGCUGGCCAGCGUGACUUUCGCUGUUUUAGUUUUUUUUUGCCUCGAUAUUUGGACUUACCGUACCAUAGACGGUAAAGAUAAAGUGAACUAAAACAGACUUAUCGGCGUGUAAAGUUGUUAUGGAUUAAAGAUACAUAAAAUACACGUAUCCAUCAUGCUGACGAAAGUUUAUCUAUGUCCAUCGGACAAGAAAUACGCCUGCUCAUGGGAAGGAUCAUCCAACGACAUAAUUGAACACUUUAUCGCAGAACACGAGGAUCUACUAAGCCUUAACAACAUAAUUAGCAUCAAUUUGUCUGUUUUGUCCGAAAGUUUCUUAUUUUUCCACGAUACCGAAGUAUAUCUUCUGCAAACAAAACUAAAUAACGGCCAUCUUCAAUUAUUUUUAAGAUACCUAGGUCCGCCAAAAAUUGCCUCUAAACUGAAAUAUGACGUUCAUCUCGACAGUAGUGACAAAAUAUUAGAUAAACAAAACAUACAUGUGAAUGAAGGAUAUUUCGAUAUUAAUUUAGAUUGCAUAACGAAUGUUUUCGGUGAUAUUAGUUUUAUGAACUGUAAAGUUUUGAUAACCGAGGAAGCAAGAAGUACAAGCUCUGAUGAUGGAGUUGUUUUGGAGGACGAUAAAUCUUUUAAUACGGAACCUAUUCCGGAUAUUAUAAUAAAUGACUUGAAAAUAAAUGACAAGGAGAAUGAGGUUCCUGUUGAAACACCUGUUAACGAAGUAAAUUUAGGAUCAAUAUUUCGCUGUAGAAAGCAAUCCACGAUGAGCACAAACAGAGUUACUUGGUACGAUCAGACUGAUAAUGUGAUAGAGCACACUGAAUCUCGAGAACCAAAAGUUACUGUUCAGCGAAGUAGCAGUUGUGCAACUGAAAAAACGAGAAACAGUCCAAAGAGAUCUGGAAGUACUUUGAUAUCCAUUAAAGAAAGCGAUUUAGAUUUGGAACUACGGUGCACGAAUUGCGAAAGGCAUAUUUCGAACCCUAUAUUUGUUUGUCAAUCGAGACACAACGUAUGUAAAGAUUGUUAUUACGAUAAAAAGCAUUGUAGUCAAUGUAAUACAGAAAUUACACCAGAUAGAAACGUCGAAUUGGAAAAGAAAAGUGACGGAUAUCGGUAUGCAUGUCGAAAUAAAAAGAAUGGCUGCCUGGUAAGGUAUCUCUUUGAAGAUAUAUUCGCUCACGAAACAGAUUGUAUAUUUUGCACUUACAAUUGCCCAUUAGAAGACUGUGGAUUCAAAGGUGCCUACAAGCAAAUGGUCGGUCAUCUAAAUUUAAUUCACAGUAGUGUAAAAAUCUUUGAGUCGUCGUUUGCAGUGUUCAGUAGACAUAACGAGCUUUUCCUAGUUAACGAAAGGAUGGGCAUCGUUUAUUGUACUUUAAAAUGUUCCGACGACAAAGUAAUAUGGACUGCAAGAAUGCCUGGUCCCAAGGAGAGAAAAUUCUUUUGUGAACUCAAAUUUAAGGGAAAGAAUUUUAAGUUCCCUAUAUUAUUAACACAGUACGGUGAUUAUUAUAUGAAAGAAAUACCAGUAUCGUAUAUGAAAGAGCAAAGACUAAAAUCAAAAAAUUCUAUAUUAACAAUUACAAGAUAAGGUCUGGUUUUGUUGAUAUGGUAUAAAAUUUUGUACCUAUAAUUACAUUAUAUUGUACUAUUUAAAAAAGCAGGCGUGUGUGAUAUAUUUUUGAAAAAAAAGAAUUAUAUCAAUAAAUGGAUUAUUUGACUA